UGGGGUUCUCUUUGCAACUCAACCGCGGAUCUCUGCUGCGACAGCGAUUCCGGUGCCUUCCGCUGCAGAUCCCCCAUGGCAGAGGCCGCCAACCCCACGUUCCUUCUGUGCCUCCCGCUUCUGUUCCUGCUGUCCGGCUGGUUCGGGGCAGGGAGGGCCGGCAGAGACCACCAUCGAGGAAGAGAAAUCCAUCUCUGCCAGCCCAGCCCUUCAGGAAACCCUCUUGCUGUCACAGUGUUUGGGGUCUUUCCCCCACCUCAAAAUUCUCCGGUAUUUUGGGGUUUUUUUUCCAUAGACACUCACUCUUUCUGGUAUAACUUCACCAUCAUUCGUUUGCCCAGACAUGGACAACAGUGGUGUGAGGUCCAAGGCCAGGUGGAUCAGAAGAAUUUCCUCUCCUAUGACUGUGGCAGUGACAAGGUCUUACCUAUGGGUCACCUAGAAGAGCAGCUGGAGGCCACAGAUGCCUGGGGAAAACAAUUGGAAAUGCUGAGAGAGGUGGGACAGAGGCUCAGACUGGAACUGGCUGACACUGAGCUGGAGGAUUUCACACCCAGCGGACCCCGCACGCUGCAGGCCAGGAUGUCUUGUGAGUGUGAAACUGAUGGACGCAUCCGUGGAUCUUGGCAGUUCGGCUUUGACGGACAGAAGUUCCUCCUCUUUGACUCAAACAACAGAAAAUGGACAGUGGUUCAGGCUGGAGCCAGGCGGAUGAAAGAGAAGUGGGAGGACAGUGGACUAACCAUGUUCUUUCAGGUGUUCUCAAUGGGAGACUGCAAGAGCUGGCUUAGGGACUUCCUGAUGCACAGGAAGAAGAGGCUGGAACCCACAGAACCACUCACUGUGGCCCCACGCACAGCCCAAACCAAAGCCAUGGCCACCAACCUCAGUCUCUGGAGCCUCCUCAUCAUUCUCUGCUUCAUCCUCCCUGGCAUCUCAGGAGAGUCCUUUAGAGUGACAGGUACUGUGGGAAAAACUGUGAGGGGAACAAGAGACAGAUGGGUGAGGUGGGAGGAAGGGAAAGAGAAUUCCCAGAGCCCCACCCCUCCCCAUGGCCGGGACCUUCUCAUCCUGACAUGAGACAGGUCAAUAAGACCUGGUGUCACCUGUUGGCAAUGACCUGGGCAACUCAACCUUGAGUUCUGAUGGAUUCUCACUGUCAGAGGGUAGAGGGAAAGGGAGAGGCCCAUACCAAAGCUCAGGGCCUAUUGAGCUCGAGAGGGUUUAGCCAAUUCAGGCCUGUUUCAGAGCAGGUUUCUAUUCAGGAAGGGUAGUGGUGUGUGGCCUGCAGGCAGCAGGAACUCAGGCAUGGGCAGUCCGUGCAAUAGGAGAGGAACAGCAUGGCUGUUUCACCUAGGAUGUCAAGGGAAAGGGUGUCCCUGGAGGAGGCUAAGAAGAGAGCCAUCUGGAGGAAUCCCAGGACAAGGGGGCUGUGAGGGCCUUGGUCCACCCAGUUCCUAAAGCUGCAUUCCCAGAGAAAGCACCUUGAGUUCCAACAGUUAAAGUGAAAGAUGAAGAGUAGAGCAUGUCCAGGAUGAGUUUUAGGAAAAGGCCAAGCCCCUUGUACCCAAGGGAUUCAUGGCCAGGCCCUGGGGUGAUGCCCCUGCCAUUAUGCCUCCUGCGCACUCCAGAUCUUGAGUCAGCUGAUGGCCCUGCCUGGAGCAGAGUGGACUCAGACAGGGGAGCUGAGCUGCUGCUGAAAUUCCAUGGUCACCACUGAGCUUAGCCAGGAAUGAAUGGGGCAGGGCAGGGACAGUCCCAUUUAGAGCUAUGGGUGCAGCUCCCAGGGUGAGGAGAGGCUGAGAGGGAAGGGGAAACAAGGAAGUUUGCCUGCAAGCCCAACCAAGGCCAGGAAACAUGGAUCCAGAUACUUCUGUUUGGACAAGGCUCCUCCAGGUCGUCUAGACCCUUCUAUGAGAGGGAGGAGCAGUACCCGAGUGAGGGUGCAGACCCCUCAUUACCAGCCUCAGUUCUGAGCCUCCCUGGGCUGUAACAGGACCUGGGCUGGCUCUGUGGUGUGGUGAAGGAGGGAGGAGGUUGGGACAGGCUGCACAGCCAGGGUUAGGGCUGGAGGGAGAAACAUAUUCCAUAUUUGGAGGAGAGGCUCCGAAAUGGGGAGGGUCUGGGAAGGAUCACCCAGGAGAACAGAUCCAGGUUUUUCUCAGCCACUUAAACCAACACUUCAUCUUUUGUUAAGGUGAAAGAUGAUAUCAAGAACCCCCUGUUAGUCUGGUCUGGUUCCUGCUCUCCCUUUAGGGAGGCCGCCUGUCUACUCACCACUGUGCCUUUCUGGAAAGCAGGAGUUCAAGCCUUAGCAAGUCCACAGUGUUGCAGGAAGUCAGGGACCACAAAUGGAGGGACAGGCUGGAGCUGUGGCAGAGGAACAUAAGUUGUGAAGAUUUCAUGGAUAUUUAUCACUUCCCUAAUAAUACUUUUAUAAUUUCUUACGCCUGUCUUGCUUGAAUCUCUUAAUCCUGUUAUCUUCAUAAGCUGAGGAUGUACGUCACCUCAGGACCCCGUGAUGAUUGUGGUAACUGAACAAAUUGAUUGUAAAACAUGUGUGUUUGAACAAUAUGAAAUCUAUGCCCCUUGAAAAUGAACAGAACAACAGCGAUUUUAGGGAACAAGGGAAGACAACCAUAAGAUCUGACUGGCUGUGGGGUUGGGAAAAAAGAGCCAUAUUUUUCUUCUUGCAGAGAGCCUAUAAAUGGACAUGCAAGUAGGAGAGAUAUUCUUAAAUUCUUUUCGUAGCAAGGAAUAUAAUAUUAAGCCCCUAGGAAAAGAAUUGAAUUCCUGGGGGAAGGUCUAUAAAUGGCUGCUCUGGGAGUGUCUGUCUUACACGGUUGAGAUAAGGACUGAAAUACGCCCUGGUCUCCUGCAGUACCCUCAGGCUUAUUAGGGUGGGGGGAAAAUCCCACCCUGGUGAAUUUGGGUGAAUUUGAGGUCAGACCAAUUCUCUGCUCUUGAACUCUGUUUUCUGUUGUUUAAGAUGUUUAUCAAGACAAUACUUGCACAGCUGAACAUAGACCCUUAUCAGUAAUUCUAAUUUUGCCUUUUGCCUUGUGAUCUUUGCUUUGCCCUUUGCCUUGUGAUCUUUAUCCCCCUUUGAAGCAUGUGAUCUUUGUGACCUACUCCCUGUUCGUACAUCCACUCCCCUUUUGAAGUCCUUAAUAAAAACCUGCUGGUUUUGCUGCUCAGGUGGGCAUCACAGACCUUCCAACAUGUGAUGUCACCCCUGGCAGCACAGUUGUAAAUUCGUCUCUUUGUACUCUUUCUCUUUAUUUCUCAGACCUGCCGACACUUAGGGAAAAUAGAAAGAACAUAUGUUGAAAUAUUGAGGGUGGGUUCCCCCGAUACCACAGCCCCCCCUCCAGCAGAUGACGAGGACAUUGUAGACUCAACAUGUCAUGCCACUCAUUUCCUUUGGUGAUGAUCCUAGCAGCCAUUUUUCUUAACAUCUUCUGUCACUUUCUCUCAGUGGUAAUGAAAGGAAUUCCUGCACACGUUUUAACUGAACAAGAAAUCCCAGCAAAAAAAAAAAAAAAAGAGUUAUUUCUGCUUCUUUGAUUAUGGAAAACAGACACUUCUCUGAAGCAUGACCUUAUUCUUCCAAGCAGUAUUGCUAGUAAAAUAGUGUGCUGGACCUCAGAUCUCAGGGAUCUUUUCCAUGCACUGACCAAGAAUUGUAUUAAUCCUUUUUACUGUUAUGCUUUUUUACAGUUUUUCAUUCUGUCAACCAUAUUGGAGUGAAGUGGCAUAAUCAUCACUCACUGUAAUCUCCAACUCCUGGGCUCAAGUGAUCCUCUAGACUCAGCCUCUAGAAUAGCUGCAAGUACACUCACAUGCCACCAUGCCUGGCAAAUUGUUUGAUUUUUGGGUAGAGACUGGGUCUUCCUAUGUUGCCCUAUAUAGAGAAUUAAUGGGAUUUCAUUCUUCUGACAUGUUAUAUUUAAUAAUAAAACUAGUGAUGCUGCUAGA